AUGCCCCCCGUCGCGACCGAGAAUCCUACAAUGGAGCCUACCAAGGCCGAAACGCCCGCUCCAUAUCUCAGCACUAUGCCUUCAUCGGAUUUCAGUUGGCAAAUAACACUAGCCGAGAAGGUCGUCGCAAUUACAGGCGCCAACCGUGGAAUAGGCUUGGGCAUUGCAGAAGUUUGUCUCGCAAACUCAGCCAAGUUUGUGUAUUCUCUCGACUUGAUGGAACCCGGUGAGGAGUUUGAGGCAUUGCAGAAGCGAUACACAAAUUUGCGCUAUGUCCAAACAGAUGUAACAACGGAGGACAGUAUUGAGAAGGCCGUCAAUCAGAUUGUUGAGGAGACUGGGCGCAUAGAUGGCAUGGUUGCCAACGCCGGAAUGACCAAGCACCAGCCGGCUCUGAAAUUCGACCGUGAAGAGUUAGACAAACUGUUUAAUCUCAAUGUUUUCGGUGCAUACUUCUGUGCACAGAUUGUCGCUCGUAAAUUUAUCGAGCUUGGAAUCAAGGGGUCAAUUGUCAUGACUUCCAGCAUGACCUCCUAUCGACCAAACAGAGCCGCUCCGUCAGCUCCUUACGGUGCCACAAAAGCUGCUGUUCGGAAUAUGUGCCACACCCUGGCGAUGGAAUGGAGCAAGCACGGCAUUCGCGUCAACAGUGUUUCUCCCGGAUUUGUUCGGACAGCGAUGACAUACUACGUCGAGAGAUCACCGGACUGGGAUCUCAAGAUGCAAUAUUACGGUGGCAUGCCUCGACUUGCUGACCCUCGGGAACUGGGUGGUGCAUAUGUUUAUCUACUUAGUCAAGGAAGCUCCUACACCACCGGUAUCGAUAUUCCAAUCGCUGGUAUUGUCGGCGCUUGGUAG